AUGAGCAGCGGCAUCCCACGCCAGCCUGCACCAGCCGAUGCGGCUUCGUCCUCCUCCUCAGCCGCAUCCGCACCCCUUCCCGCACUCCCUCUUCCGCAGCUGAACCUUGAAGAGCCCGCACGGAACAGCAUCGGAGACAUGGAUAUAUUGUCCGCACAGGCUCGUGUGUCCAACUGGCUUGCCGACGUCCAUCUGUCUCCGCCCACCUCGUCUCCAACACCCAUCGACCAUAUCGAUAUCGACCACCUCUCGUCCGUCGCUGCCACUCCUCUGUCUCAUCAAAGUCUGGAUACAAUGGCAAAGCGUUCUCGUCAGCUCUCGGCCAGUCCAGCGCUGGAACCAGCCGAUCCAGGUAUAGCACCCUCACCGCCCCCACACGCUACCGUCGAGGACGAUGGCGCGCGCAAGAAGCGCAGGAUCCUCGAGCACAUCGCUGCCCAGACCGCCGUCGAUCCCUCCAACCAGCUUCGCACCGACCAGCUCACCUUCGUACCGCGCUCCUACCAGCUCGAGCUCGCCCAGAUCGCCAAGUCUGGAAACGUGCUCGUCUGCCUCGACACGGGCAGCGGCAAGACGCUCAUCUCGGUGCUCCUCCUCCAGCAUAUCCACCAGCAACCCCUCCCUCCCACCAACCCGACCGCCAAGCGCAAGGUGUCGUUCUUCCUCGUCAACCUCGUCCCGCUCGUCCACCAGCAAUCGUCCGUCAUCGCCGGCAACUCCGACCUCGCCGUCGGCAAGCUCUAUGGCGAGCUCAAGGAGGCCACGCGUGGCCGCAACAAGCUCACCGUCGACCACUGGCACGCCCCCCAGUGGGCCGCACUGCUCCAGUCGCACCAGGUCAUCGUGGCCACCGCGCAGUGCUUCCUCGACGCGCUCAUCCACGAAUUCAUCAAGAUGGACGAUCUCAACCUCAUCGUGUUCGACGAAACGCACCACACGCUCAAGAAUCAUCCCUUCUUUAGGAUCAUGAAGUACUACCGGCUCGCACCCGCCGAUCAGCGGCCCAAGAUCUUUGGCAUGACUGCCAGCCCCAUCUUUACGAGGAGCGGCAUGUUCCACGAGGCCGCGCACUAUCUGCAGAGCACCAUGGACGCCAGGAUCCACACCGUGUCCAAGGCAGCACUCGACGACCUCGACAAGGUCAAGCAGAAGCCCGACGAGCUCGUCGUCGAGUUCGCGCCCUUUGUCACCGUGCUCGACGACGAGCUGGACGGCGUGCCGCUGUCGGAGCUCAGCCGCGAGAUGCUCGGCAUGUUUGCGGUGGAUGUGGCGCUGGACGAUGACCAGCUUGAUAGCGUCGAGAGGCACUUUCGCGACGAGGUGCAGCCCAAGCUCGAAUACACCAUGCGCCAUCUGGGCGCCGUCGGCUGCGAUGUGUUUUGGCAUAGUACGCUGCUCGAGCUGCGCUCGCGCGCGCGCAAGUGGGCGGCUAUCGGCAGGGAUAAGCGCACGCUCGUCAGCGAUGCGUGGAUCGUCGAUGCCAGCAUGCGCAAUCCGCCCGAAAACGGUGAUGAUGGCGCAGAAGAGCCGCAGAAAGCGCCUCUACCGCUCGGCGCCGCUCACCUGUCCACCAACAGCGAGCUGAACCGACGCAUCCUGCUGCACAUGCGCGCCCAGCCCGCGUUACCCGACGAGCUGCGCAUCGAUGCUUCCAAUGCAUCGCCAAAGCUGCUGCGCCUUGUCGAGCUGCUGCAGUGCUUCGAGCCGGACGCGGCCAACUUUUGCGCGAUCGUGUUUGUCGAGCGUCGACAGACGGCGACGCUGCUCGUCGAGCUCAUCAAGCGCAUGCCUGGGCUCGGCUUUAUCCAUCCCGAGUUCCUGCUCGGCCACGAUAACGGAUCGGCCGCUGGCGGGGCGCCUGCCAUGGACUGGCACGACCAGGUGCAGGUGCUCAACCGCUUCCGCCGCCGCGCGCCCACCAACCUUCUCGUCGCCACCUCGAUCGCCGAAGAAGGCCUCGACAUCCAAGCCGCCAACCUGGUGAUCCGGUUCGACCUGUUCAACCGGCGCAUUUCGUUCCUCCAGUCGCGCGGCCGCGCACGCGCGCGCGGGAGCCGGUUCAUCCUCAUGGCCGAGAGCGGCAACGCCGACCAUGCCCAAGUCAUCCACAACGCCUUCGACACCGAGGCGCGACGCAGCAAGUGGCUCGAUGCCAUCACCGAGUCCGGCGGCGACGAUGCCGAUGCCGAUGCGAUGCUGUGCGACGAGUGGCAGCAACGACUGCGCAUCGAGCCCGAAGAUCCCGAUGCCGAACCGGCGAUCCACGAGCCGACCACAGGCGCACGGCUGUAUGCCGAAGACGCCCCGAGCCUCGUGGCGCACUAUGCGGCGACGCUGCACAGCGAGUAUCUCAAGGACGCCGUGCUGGCGUACCGCAUGCAGAGCACCGAGGUGCUCGGCGGCACGCCCGCGUUCAGCUGCACGCUCGAACUGCCUAGUACUGCGGCGGUGCGCAGUGUCGAAUCCGGGCCGUGCAGCUCCAAGAAGCGCGCUAAGCGCAUGGCGGCUUUACGCGCAUGCCAGCAGCUGCGGAAGCUCGGAGAGCUCGACGAGUGGCUCAUGCCCAAGCUCAUCGGUGCCAAAGUGGCCGAUCGCGACGCUGCGCCUGCGAUGAUGAACCCGCACCAUAAGGCGUGGCGCGGGACGGGACAGCCCAUCCACGUGCCCGUCAAGAAGAUGGAUGGAUGGGCGCGGUUUCACGCGCAAGGUGCGAAUGAGCAAGUGCAGUGGCAUGCGACGUUCCUCCCGAUGGCUAGCUUUGAUGCGGGAUGCCAGCCGCUGCUGCUGCUCACGCGCGGUGCGCUGCCGGCUACAGAACGGUUGACACUAUACCAUGCAGCUUCGGGCAAGAUGAAGCCGAUCCGCGCUGCAUCGCUCGGCGCCGUUCCGCUGGAAAGCACAGACCUCGAGGCCGCGACGCGGUUCACGCGGUUCGUAUUCGCGCUGUUGAGCCGCCGCGAAUCCGGGCCUGAUGACGGCGAGCCAGCCGUGCUGGUUGCACCUGUCCGCGUCGCCGAUGGCGUAAGCGACGUGACGACCUGGUCGCAGCUCGCGUUCGACUGGCCAGCCACGCUGCAGCCAUCGCGCAUCGACCCGUCAGGGCUCGAGUCGCUGCACAACACGGUGCUUACGCGGCAGCACGGCUAUGCGUCGAACGCGCUGUACAUCUUCCAAGACGUCAGACACGACCUCACGGCUCUCUCACCGCUCCCAUCCAAGGCCGGGACGGAGACGGUGGACGAGACGCAAACGUACCUCUCGCAGCACCUGACCAAGUACGCGCGCCGCGUCAGCGCCGACGAAGCCGCCUCCCUGGCCACCCAGCUCGCCUCGACGCCGCUCGUCGCCGUCACAAAGCUCGGCAAAGUCACCAACCUGCUGACACCCCCGAGCCGGGGCAGCCAUCGCACCGCCACACCGGUGCGAUUCGUCAUCCCGCGCUUCUACCGCAUCUUCCCUCUGCGCUCCGACACGCUUUCGAGCGUGCUCGUGCUGCCGACGAUCCUCACGCGGUACGACCAUCUCCUGCUCGCCUCUCAGUGCAACACCGCUUUAUUCAGCGGGCUGCUGGAGGUGGACUUGGUGCUCGAGGCGUUGGCGAGUCCAGCUGCUCGGUGCGGGCUCGACUACGAACGGCUCGAGUUUCUCGGGGACACGUUCCUCAAGCUCGUUGCCACCUGCCACACAUUCACAACGCAGCUCGGGCGGACGGAGGCGGAGCUGCAUCUGGCGAACAAGGCGAUCCUGACCAACGUGCGGCUUCUGCGCGAGGCUCGCCGGCUCCAACUUGGGCGGUGGGCUUUAUUCGGCAGUGCGGACUUUGCAGCCAAGCGAUAUACCGCGCCGAUGUCGGGGUGGAUCGGUGGGGCACUGCUCCAACCCGGGCGCGUUAAGGUGGAGGUGGGGGCGGGGGAGACGGAUGUGAUUCGCGAAAAGACACUCCCCGACGUCGUUGAGGCGCUGAUCGGUGCGGCGCUGGUGGGCGGUGGCACGGAUGCGGCACUGCACGUGUGUCGAGUCCUCACACUGAUCCCCGAGUCCAUUCAAAGGCUGGACGACUUCAACACGCUGCUGGAAGAGCUUAAGCUCACAUCGGCCUUUACGCAUCCGUCGCUGCUCGCAUCGGUGCUGCCGUCCUACCAGCGGUUGGAGUUUCUCGGCGAUGCGUGGUUGGAUCUGAACAUUGUGCGGUACUCCUUUUUCGCCCAUCCGGAUUUGUCUCCGGGCGAAUUGACGGCGUUGAAGGGGAUGUUGGCAUCCAACUCCACCUUAGCCGCGCUGGGGCAUCGACUGGGAUUGCACAAAUACGUCGCGUCGAAUAGCGAGGUUCUUGCAUCCACGCUCGGCGCAUAUUCUCGUGCGAUGGAGGGCGCGGGGGAGGGUACGGCAUAUUGGCAGGACUGUGGGGUUGCAACUCCAAAGGCACUGGCGGAUGUGGUCGAAGCGAGCUUUGCCAGCAUCGUGGUGGAUUCCUCCUUCGACCCUUCGACCGCACAGAGCGUAUUCGACCGCAUCUUUGUCCCCUUUUACGCCAAGUUUUGCCCCUGGGAUUCGAUCCCCCUUACGGAUAUCAAACGGCUCCUACUCAGCACGUCUUGCACCCUCACCAUCUCUUCCUCCCUCGACGGCGACGAGAUGGACGUGGAUGUGGAUGCGCUUCUGGACGAGCUGACAGUAUCGAUUGCAAUCCACGCUUCCACCAUCGCCCAGCUCAAAACCGUCCCAACGUCGAUCAACCACCUCGCCAAAGCCAAAGCCAUAAUGGCCGGUAUCAACGCAAAAGGCAAGGACGAACAGCGGUUCUUGCUCGCCCAACUCGCAAGGACGCUCGCGUGGAAGAACCCCUUCCAACCCCCCGCAGACCACAACCAACCUACACUGGCCCAGCUGCUCAGCCUCACAAAGGAUUGCGAUUGCACAGCCUAA